AUGCAGCUGUUUGCUCUCCUUCCCGUCCUCGCCCUCGGCAUCUCUGGUGCCUUGGCAGACUUCUGUCAAACUUCGGAGACCCCGCAGCGCGAUGCCAAUACUGGUUUCAACUUUCAAAAGAUUGACGGUGGACGCUGGAAGUGGCAGUCUAUUGAUACAAAAGUUACCGUUACUCUCGACCAGAACUGUAACCUUCACCAGGGCGGCGGCGGCGGCUCGUCCGCUCAUAUCGUUUGCCUUGAUUGGGACGGCAACUACAGCUGUUGGCAGACUCCUGACCAGAACGGGAUUUGCCAAAUCGUCGCCGAAGAGGGUGGUAAACAAGUCAACGUUUGCCAGGCUAUCAAGAACAUGUGGGGAUGGGCUACCUAG